ACACACACACACACACACAUACAUGGGAAUUCGCUGUGCUCGGGUCAUAAGCGAGUUGUGUGGCGGAAAAGCGCAGGACCAAAAAUGUCGCGCAAUCUAGAGCUCCCUCUCGUCGACCUCUCCUCCUCCGAUCCCUUCGCCACCGCCCAACUGAUCCGUAAGGCAUGUGUGGAGUACGGUUUCUUUUACCUGAUAAAUCAUGGAAUAGAGGACACACUCAUAUGGGAGGUGUUCCGCGAGAGCAAGAAGUUCUUUGCAUUGCCCCCGGAAGAGAAGAUGAAGCUCGAGCAUAACGAUGCGCACAGAGGCUAUACUCCCAUAUAUGCCGAGACUCUCGAUCCUUCCUCCGAAUUCAAAGGUGACCUGAAGGAAAGUUUCUACAUUGGUCCUAACGGGGGCACAAGUUCGGGGAAGGACCCAAAUCAAUGGCCUUUGGAAGAAAGUUUGCCAUCUUGGAGAGCUACAAUGGAGUCAUAUUAUGAAAGAGUCCUGGCUGUGGGUAGAAGACUACUUUCUCUGAUUGCAUUUGCAUUGAACCUUGAUGAUCAGUUCUUCGAGAAGAUCGGGGCAUUGAAUUCACCCAUGGCAUUUCUUCGCCUAUUGCAUUAUCCAGGCGAACUGGGUGCAUCCGACAAAGGUAAUUAUGGUGCGUCGGCCCAUUCAGACUACGGGAUGGUAACACUUCUGGCAACAGAUGGUGUCCCCGGUCUCCAGAUUUGCAGGGAGAAGGAAAAGCAUCCACAGCUCUGGGAGGAUGUUUCUCAUAUUGAUGGGGCGUUGAUUGUUAACAUUGGUGAUAUGUUGGAAAGGUGGACCAAUUGUAUUUUCCGAUCAACUCUACAUCGAGUCCUUGUUAUUGGAAAGGAACGCUAUUCUGUUGCCUUCUUUCUUGAUCCUAACUAUGACUGUGUGGUAGAGUGCUUGGAAAGCUGCUGCAGCAAGACAUCUCCUCCGAGGUUCCCUCCUAUCCGCAGCGGUGACUACCUCAGGGAGCGAUUAAGAGUUUCAUACUCAUCUAAAUAAGAAGCCGAUUUAGUUUGACAGUGAAUGUGACUGAUGAACUUGUUACUUGUUAGUUGUCAGAAUAUUAUACAUUUGUGUUCAAAAUGUCAUAGAAUUUAUAUAAAAUCGAAGGUGAACUAUCUUUGUAUGUUAGGCACAAAAUUCUCUUCCUAACCAACUGGUACACAUUGAAUAAAUACUGUGUGUACUACCAGAUUAUCUAUUGGGAAGAUUCUGUCGUUCCAAGAUGUAUACUGCUGAAUCGAAUUGCUAAGGUGUCUGUAAUUACUAAUUGGUCAGGUUCAAGUCCAAGUUGAUUGCAGUAAAUAUGCAUGUUUUCUGUUUUUCUUCCAAAAAUAAUGAUAAGGAACUGAAUUUCACUCUUUCAGUUUUGAAA